AAAAUGGGAGAGCAAGUUGCACCUUCUGCAAGACAUUUUGGAUCAAUGGUUGAACGUCCAAGGUACGUGGAUGUACCUGGAGCCAAUAUUUAGUUCUCCGGAUAUCCAGCAGCAGAUGCCAGAGGAAGGACGAAGGUUCACAGCCGUGGACAAGACCUGGAGGGACAUCAUGAAGACCGUCCAAGCGGACCCCAAGGUCCUCUCCGUCGUGGAGAUCGAAAAGAUGCUGGAGAGACUGAAGAAGAGCACGGGUCUCUUGGACUUGAUCCAAAAAGGCUUGAACGAUUAUUUAGAGAAGAAGAGACUCUACUUCCCUAGGUUCUUCUUCUUGUCCAACGAUGAGCUGUUGGAGAUCCUUUCCGAAACGAAGGACCCCACGCGGGUUCAGCCGCACUUGAAGAAGUGCUUCGAAGGAAUAGCAAAGCUGCACUUCGACGAGGACUUGGAUGUGCACAAGAUGAAGUCUGCCGAGGGCGAAGAAGUGGACCUCGUCGACGUAAUCUCUACUUCGGCUGCCAGGGGUCAAGUGGAGAAGUGGCUUUUGGAGCUGGAAGUCGACAUGAGGAAAAGUAUCAAAAAUAAAGUCUUCGAGGCGAUGGAGGCCUAUGAGCUGAAGAAGAGGGUCGACUGGGUCCAGGAAUGGCCCGGACAGACCGUCCUUUGCAUCGGUCAGCUUUACUGGACUCAGCAAGUGGAAAAAGCUCUUGCUCGAGGAGUCGAAGGCCUGAAACGAUACUUCAACCAAUGCCAACGAGAAUUAAACGAAAUCAUCUUGAUCAUCAGAGGGAAACUGCCGAAGCAGACCAGAAUUACUUUAGAGGCUUUGGUCACUUUGGACGUACACGGAAAGGACGUCGUUAACGAUCUCGUAGAAAAAGAAGUUACAAAAAAUGACGACUUCAAUUGGCUUUGUCAACUACGUUAUUAUUGGAUGGAAGACAACCUAUGGACAUACAUGAUCAAUUAUUACCUGCAAUACGGAUACGAGUACCUGGGUAACACAGGACGACUGGUGAUCACUCCUUUGACGGAUCGAUGCUACAGGACGCUCUUCGGGGCGUUGAGCCUUCAUUUGGGUGGAGCUCCAGAAGGUCCUGCCGGGACCGGGAAGACGGAGACGACGAAGGACCUCGCCAAGGCGGUGGCGAAGCAAUGCGUGGUCUUCAAUUGCUCCGAUGGCCUGGACUACAUAGCUCUAGGGAAGUUCUUCAAGGGCCUCGCAUCCUGCGGAGCCUGGUCUUGUUUCGACGAAUUCAACCGGAUAGACCUCGAGGUCCUGUCGGUCGUGGCCCAGCAGAUUUUAACUAUUCAACGGGGGAUCAAUUCAGGGGCCGAGAAGCUGCUCUUCGAGGGCACGGAAAUCUUCCUGGACCCUUCCUGCGCCGUCUUCAUUACCAUGAAUCCCGGAUAUGCCGGCAGGUCGGAACUCCCUGACAACCUGAAGGCCCUCUUCAGGUCCGUCGCCAUGAUGGUUCCGGAUUAUGCCCUGAUUUCGGAGAUCCAGCUUUACUCCUUCGGCUUCUACAACGGCAGGCCACUCGCCGUCAAGAUCGUCACGGCCUACAAACUCUGUUCCGAGCAGCUGAGCAGUCAAUGUCACUACGAUUAUGGCAUGAGAGCUGUCAAGUCCGUGCUGACAGCUGCCGGUAAUCUGAAAUUGAAGUACCCGGAUGAGUCCGAAGACGUCCUGCUCUUAAGGAGCAUCAAUGACGUUAAUCUGCCGAAAUUCCUUAAUCAGGAUCUGCCGCUCUUCAAGGGUAUUGCUUCGGACCUUUUCCCCGGAGUGGUUCUUCCUGAGCCUGAUUACACGCACCUGAACGUUUGCGCGAAGGAAGUCUGCGAGAGGGCGAACCUGCAGUGCACCGACGUCUUCCUGGAGAAGAUCCAGCAGAUCUUCGAGAUGAUGAUCGUCAGACACGGGUUCAUGAUCGUGGGUCUGCCAUUCGGCGGAAAGACCUCGGCCUACAGGAUGCUGGCCGAGUGUUUGGCUCUUCUGGAGGAACGGGGCCUCAUGGGGGAGCACCGGGUCGAGAUAACCGUGAUAAACCCCAAAGCCAUCACCAUGGGUCAGCUUUAUGGUUACUUCGACCCAGCUUCUCAUGAAUGGAGCGACGGGGUCCUGGCCGUGAAUUUUAGGGCCUUCGCGGUCUCCACCAACGAGAACCGCAAGUGGCUGGUCUUCGACGGUCCUGUCGACGCCAUUUGGAUAGAGAACAUGAACACCGUUCUGGAUGACAACAAGAAGCUCUGCCUCAUGUCCGGGGAGAUCAUUCAAUUGGCGCCCACGACUAAUCUCAUCUUUGAGCCAAUGGAUCUGGAGGUUGCCUCUCCAGCGACCGUGUCCAGGUGUGGAAUGAUUUACAUGGAACCAGUUGCUUUGGGCUGGACGCCGCUUUUGAUAUCCUGGUUGAACACUUUACCCUCAACGCUGAGCGAGCAUGUCAAGAAUCAUUUGAAGGACAUGUUCAUGAGGUUUUGUCCCGCGUUGCUGCACCUUAUUCGCAGGUGCAACGCUAAGGAAAUGCUGUACAUGCCGGAUGCCAAUCUGACGAGGUCAGUCAUGUACCUCUUCGAUUGCUUCCUCGAUGACUUUCUAGAUGAGAGGUAUUUAGAAACGGUAUCUGACCUGGACAUGAGAGCGCAGAUCGAGGGAUCCUUUUUCUUUUCCUGCAUCUGGGCUAUGGGAGGAACGUUGCUGGUUACUUAUCGCGACUGGUUCAGCGACCUCUUCAGAGGUCUGAUGGAGCGCGACGUCCCCGAAGAUCUGGCGAUUCGUUUUUUCCUGCCGAAGGAUACGAAGGGCCCGAAGAAGCCCUACAUCAUGCCGAUACCAAGUGCAGGUCUAGUUUACGAUUACAAGUUCGUAAAAGAAGGCAAAGGCAGAUGGAGGCCGUGGUCCGACGACCUCGCGGACCUCCCUCCGAUCCCUAGGGACAUCCCGGUGAACCAGAUCAUCGUUCCCACGGUGGAGACCGUCAGAUACACUCAUCUCUUUUACCAGCUGGUUCGCCACCGAAAGCCGGUACUCCUGGUGGGCCCAACCGGUACCGGAAAGUCCGUCUACGUGAUGGACUUUAUGCUGAAGAAGAUCGACCCCAGCGUGUACAAACCUCUCUUCGUGACCUUCUCCGCUCAGACGACGGCCAACCAGACCCAGGAUAUCAUCAUGAGCAAGAUGGACAAAAGGAGGAAGGGGGUUUAUGGGGCUCCACCUGGGAAACAUUGGGUCAUUUUUGUGGAUGAUCUCUCCAUGCCCUUGAAAGAGGAGUACGGCGCUCAGCCGCCCAUUGAACUUCUUCGGCAAUGGCUGGACCACUGGACCUGGUACGACAUGAAGGCGGUGGUACCCAUUAAGUUGGUCGACAUGCAGCUGAUGUGUGCCAUGGGUCCACCUUCUGGUGGUCAAGAUGUUACUCCUAGAUUUAAAAGACACUUUUUCACGUUGGGCAUCUCCGAGUUCGAGGACGACGUGAUGGUCACCAUCUUCAGCAAGAUUUUCGCCUGGCACUUGUCAACACGUGGAUUUUCCGAAGAAUUCGAGCUUUGUAUCGAUUAUAUCGUGUUUGGGACUUUGGAUAUAUACAAGGAAACCAUGAAGAAUUUGUUGCCAACACCGGCGAAGUCCCAUUACCUUUUUAAUCUUCGGGAUUUCUCCAGAGUUAUUCAAGGUGUCUUGCUCUCGGUACCAGAGACUGUACCUGAUGAGAGUGCCAUGAAGAGAUUGUGGGUUCACGAAGUUUUGCGAGUUUAUGGGGAUCGCCUCGUAGAUGACGCUGAUGCAGCUUGGCUCGUCGAACAGAUUCGACAAACUCUUGUUCAACGUAUGGAAGUGAAAAUGGACGAUCUCUUCCGGGAAUUUAUCAUCGAGCCCUUUACUACAGUAACUGAAACCGGUUUGCGGAAUCUUGUAUACUGUGAUUUUCAAAAUCCAAUGUCCGACGUGAAGUUGUACACGGAAGUGAAGAAUUUGGAUGCACUGGGAGAUGUAGUGAAAGAUUACCUUGUCGAGUUUAACUCGAUUUCGAAGAAACCCAUGAAUUUAGUGCUCUUUAGGUUCGCGGUGGAACAUUUAUCGAAGAUUUGCCGGAUUCUGAAGCAACCCCGAAGUCAUGGAUUGCUGGUGGGAGUCGGAGGCUCCGGUCGUCAGUCCCUGACGAAGUUGGCAGCACACAUCAUGGACUAUGAGGUCUUCCAGAUCGAAUUGUCUCAGCAAUACGGCCCCAACGAGUGGCACGAAGACCUGAAGACCUUCUUGAGGAGGAGUGCAGCGUCCGACUUGCACAGCGUCUUCCUCUUCAGCGAUACGCAGAUCAAGUCGGAGACCUUUCUGGAGGACAUUAGUAACCUGCUGAACUCAGGAGAAGUGCCAAACAUGUUCGCCACUGACGAAAAGGCCGAAAUAUGUGAAAGAAUGCGCCAAAUCGACCGACAGAGGGACAAGAACCUUCAGACUGAUGGCAGCCCCGUUGCACUUUUCAACUUCUUCGUCCAAGUUGUCAGAAAUCAAUUACACAUUGUCGUGUCGAUGUCUCCCAUCGGUGACGGUUUUCGUACGCGGAUUCGCAAGUUCCCAGCAUUGGUUAAUUGUUGCACGAUUGAUUGGCUGCAACCUUGGCCCGAAGAUGCACUCUUGGCGGUGGCUACAAG